UUCGGACCUGCCGCCGCCGCAGCGCGCCCGCUCGUCUUUGCUCACUCGCAAUCAUGGCGGCCACGGCCACGAUGGCGACCUCGGGCUCCGCGCGGAAGCGGCUGCUCAAAGAAGAAGACAUGACCAAGGUGGAGUUCGAGACGAGCGAGGAGGUGGACGUGACGCCCACGUUCGACACCAUGGGCCUACGGGAGGACUUGCUGCGCGGCAUCUACGCCUACGGUUUUGAGAAACCAUCAGCAAUCCAACAGCGAGCCAUCAAGCAGAUAAUUAAAGGAAGAGAUGUCAUUGCACAGUCUCAGUCUGGUACCGGCAAGACAGCAACGUUCAGUAUUUCAGUCCUCCAGUGUUUGGAUAUUCAGGUUCGUGAAACCCAAGCUUUGAUCCUGGCUCCCACGAGGGAGUUAGCUGUGCAGAUUCAGAAGGGCCUGCUUGCUCUUGGUGACUACAUGAACGUGCAGUGCCACGCCUGCAUCGGGGGCACCAACGUGGGGGAGGACAUCAGGAAGCUGGACUACGGUCAGCACGUGGUUGCUGGCACACCCGGACGCGUCUUCGACAUGAUUCGUCGCAGGAGUUUAAGGACGCGAGCUAUAAAGAUGUUGGUCUUGGAUGAAGCUGACGAAAUGCUGAAUAAAGGUUUCAAAGAACAGAUUUAUGACGUGUACAGGUACUUGCCCCCAGCCACACAGGUGGUUCUCAUCAGUGCCACGCUGCCGCAUGAGAUCCUGGAGAUGACCAACAAGUUCAUGACUGACCCGAUCCGCAUCCUGGUGAAACGUGAUGAAUUGACUCUAGAAGGCAUCAAGCAGUUCUUUGUGGCAGUAGAAAGAGAAGAGUGGAAAUUCGACACUUUGUGUGAUCUUUAUGACACAUUAACCAUUACUCAGGCAGUCAUCUUCUGUAAUACCAAAAGGAAGGUUGACUGGCUGACAGAGAAGAUGCGAGAAGCUAAUUUCACCGUCUCGUCGAUGCAUGGAGACAUGCCUCAGAAGGAGCGUGAGUCCAUCAUGAAGGAGUUCAGAUCCGGCGCCAGCCGAGUGCUCAUUUCCACGGACGUCUGGGCCCGGGGGCUGGAUGUCCCUCAGGUGUCCCUCAUCAUUAACUACGACCUGCCCAACAACAGAGAGUUGUACAUACACAGAAUUGGGCGGUCAGGUCGAUACGGCCGGAAGGGUGUGGCCAUUAACUUUGUGAAGAACGACGACAUCCGUAUCCUCAGAGACAUUGAGCAGUACUACUCCACCCAGAUAGACGAGAUGCCCAUGAACGUUGCUGAUCUAAUCUGAAGAAACAGCCUUGCUGUACUGACAUGUUGCCGACUGCCUACUGAUUUUCCACUCACGUUUUGGAAGCAUUAAGGGGCAGCUUUUAUUUAAUGGAGUUUGGUGUGAACUCUUCUGCAGCCCACCCCAACAGAAUCUUGGGGGCUUCCAGCUAUCUUUUCUUACCCACGUGUAAAUAAUGUGUUGUUGUAGGUCUUUUUCAUUAAACACAUAAAGCUUUUCCCAUAA